AUUUCACCCAUCCAAGACGCGACAAGAUGACAAGUCGCACCCCUGCUGCGGGAUUUGUUAUCCAAACUGCCCUCCAGACCAACAGAUCUGUCUGUCAUCCAUGCACCUUGGGGAUUGACGUCGCGCAACCGCUCCGGAUGACUGUUGAUCGUCUUGUUGCCCGCUCAUCACACACCUUGGGAUGAGGCUCCGAGUAUGUACAGCCUGACCCGAGUGAAGAUUCCAGAGCCCUGCGUCGGGACUCGGCCACUUUCAAGGUUUGAAGACUCUCUCCAGGCUGGCAGGCUGACUCGAGGCCGCUGUCCCUGGGGCCUUGCACCCCCAGCCCGCAGGCUCAGAGGCCGGCGAGUUACACCAUCUAGCUGAUCGUGGCCGGCCGAAACGGCUUCUGUCAGAGAAGUUGCGACCCCACGCUACACGGCUGCCCUUUCUUUCCCUCUCCCACACUCCCGACUCUCCCACCCUUCCACCUUCCUGCCUUCCCACCAGCCUGCCAGCGUCAUCCUGCUAAUCCCGCCCCUGGUCUUCCCUGUCGUGCAUGUGCAUGUGUCCUCCGCAGAAUCCUCCGCAGAAUCCAGUCAUGUCAUCGGCCACCGCCACAGCGCCCGUCUCAACUGCUGCACCCAUGAUGCCGGGCCGUCAUCCCUUUUCUCUCCUUCAUGCCCGCAACACGACGUGAGGCUGCCAAGUGCAGGCUGGAGCUCUCGAUUCGGAUGAAGCACUCAGGUCUGAACGUCGGUCGCAUCUGGCAUCACGCCCAGCCUCUGGGAAAUGCAAGCCAAUUUCAAAUAAGCAUGCCCACUCGGCUUGGGUGUUUGCUCGGCCUCUUCGAGGCUGCCGCCUGUGCUAUGUGGUACCCUCCGUAGUAUCCACAGGCAGUCCCCACCGCCCGCCUUUUCGCCCCCAGGGCCAAGGGGUUCCAAGACGCGAUUCAUACCCGCCGCCUACGCGGUGUAGAAUCGAGAGCCCCGGCUGCCCGCCCGGCUGCCCGGGUUGCAAAACGACACUCACGACGGAAACACCAAAUCAGUAUCGCAGCACAUGGCCCCCCGCCCUACUGUGCCACAGGCUGCAGCCCCUACCACGGAGCCCGCCCGCACGCAUGCUCGCUGCCACGCGCCGUCCCCAGCCCGGCUGCCCAAAACAACGCCAUGGUUUCGUCUUGGCGAAACGCCCGGGUCGAAGGGGUGCCACGCGCCCGCAAUUUGCAAAUUGCACGGCGCACGCCUUCGGCCUUGACAGUACCGCCGUCCGCGUGAGAGGCUAGGACGCUUUGGUCUGAUGAGCCGCUCCUGCCUCCCUGUUUCUUGGAAGGAUCCCCAUCGCCGACAUGUCUUGGAUGGGAUCCGUAGUGUCAGGCUCUGAAGCCCGCCCAGAGGGUAUAAAGUUAUCAGUUAACCAAGGUAUAUCAUCACCGCACGGCACCUGCGCGCGCUUGUGAAUCCCUAGGCGCGGGCUCAACGUCCGAAACGUUCAAACAGACGAGACAGCACAAAGUUGGGACGGGAUGGCAGCUGUCAGCGACCUGCUCGUCACGGGGUCCUUGGGCAGGGCAAUGCGACUGGCAUGUUGCAGAUGCGUGCCUGAGAAAUGCCGAAGACAAGGCUGGUCUCGGUGCCUCUGCCUCGUCUGGCCAGGCUUGGCCACCUGGGCAGGCUGUCUACUAGUCGGCCAAUAUUCUCUCGACUCGGACUCACAAGGCCUGCAACCUACGUGCUUGCCGUCGGGCUGAACCACGGCUACGACAAGGCUGCAAAAGCUUAAACGGGGUGGGAGGGGCAAGAGGGGGCCGGGGGUCCCAUACCCAGCCACGGCAACAAGAAACUCCGUCUGAACAACGGCUCUGGGCCGCGGAUUGGUCGUCGCCAAGAUGCGACGAGAACGAAACGUCGAUCAAAACAGCAGAGCAGGGCUGGCCCGUCCGAGCUGACCUCACCUGCACCCCAAAACAAGGCCAGGCUGCGCUGACUAUUCUCAUGCUGCGCCGCGCACGUACAAACGCCUUAGUUAAUUAUUAUUAUCGCUAUACCAACUGCCAUACCACUUAUUCGACUACGACAGAGGCCAGUCAGGGCCCAGACGGAUCUGACUGAUCAAACGGGCCUGAGUACAAGACGGUGGGGUCCCCGGAUGAUAGCAUCAAGGGCGUUAUUAUCGAGGUGGGUCCUCAGCCUUCCCCUCCGAGUCGCUGUCUGUCUCCAUCUCCCCGUCUCUCCAAUCCGCUCGCACCUCUGGCUGCGUUGGAGGUCGGCCACCCGGCCUGCCCACCGUAGCCAGUCAGCGCCUAAGUCAGCCAGUCAAUAUCAGUGAUCACUUCUGCCCAGUCGGGCCACCUGCGCUGUGGGUCCUGCGCCGCGCCGGCGCCGGACGACGUCGGUUUCGGAUGGCCUGUAUCAUCGCCCUUCUUGAUGUUGCAACAUCGCUGAUGAGAUCUUGGCCUACGACCUCUCCCAAUCCUGUGCCACGUCCAUGCUGUGCCAUGCUGUGAUGGCCUACCAGCACGUCCGGAGUACGAUGGGCGGGACAAGGUCACCAGAUGGAUGGACCGGAGUUGGCCCCGAGUAGAAAGAAGCCGCCGAGCCGUCGUGCCCACCGCCAAUCCCGAGUCAGAUGCACUGCAGGAAGGGCAAUAGGCCGAUGGGACGGACUCGUGGCGCCCGGCCUGGACCAAGAUAGCCGCACACUAGCAAACCUACCAGACGGAGAGUUGCGGGAUGAAAGGGCCUGACCGUGUGUGCCUGCAGGCGAGCGCAAAUAUGACCCGGAGGAUCCGGGGAAUUUAUGCCCGGCAGGUGCAGGUGUACGCGCAGAACUGGACUCGGGCGCCGGGUCGGCUGGGCAGCCUACCCUGAUAAACGCCCAGGUGUGUGGUACUUUAGUAACUGGGCUUGGCUGGUCUGCUAUCUAAUGGUCCAGUCCAACCCAAGCGCGCUCGCCUAACCGUCAGCUAGCUGCAGACUCCGAAUGGUCGGCGGUCUUUGUUCCCCGAGUCAUCGACCGACUCGGGGACUGCUCCGAGCCGUGUCAGGCUGUCAGCCCAGCGAAAAAUAAUCCAACUCCGGGUCUAGCGGCUGCCUUUCGCUCUCAUCUCCCCCGCUUUGGCCCGCCCUUGCUGAAAGCUUGACUCCUCACCGUUAGUUUUAACCUUCAUCCCUUCGACCACUGCGGACGUGUGCCUUUUAAACCACCCUCACCCUCCCGCCCAGUUCCCGUUGCGAUUGAGAUUGUGACACCACCAAGCCAGCUCCUGUCAGCCAAUCGCCAAUCGCCCACCUCUUGUCACAUCUCGCCCGCCAUGUCUUCCUCCCCGCCGCCGAACCGACGUGCUAAGCGUCCUCGAACCCAAUCGCUCCCUCCACCCGAGCUGCCUCAGCUGGUCGCCGAGCAGCAUGUCGCCAUCCCGCCCACCGACAAGGACUCGAAGCGCCUGAUUGUCGUCCUGUCGCACGCGUCGCUUGAGACUUACAAGUCGUCACACUCGCGGCCCGGCCACAUGGGCGUCCAGCGCGAGGAGAAGUACUCCCUUCUCAACAGCGACGAGCACAUUGGCAUCAUGCGCAAGAUGAACCGCGACAUUUCCGAAGCAAGACCCGACAUCACCCACCAGUGUCUGCUCACCCUGCUUGACUCCCCAAUCAACAAGGCGGGCAGGCUGCAAAUCUACAUAUCUACCGCCAAGGGCGUCCUGAUCGAGGUGUCGCCUUCGGUCCGCAUUCCUCGUACUUUCAAACGGUUCGCCGGCCUCAUGGUCCAGCUGCUGCACCGCCUGUCCAUCAGGUCGACCAACUCGCAGGAGAAACUCCUCCGCGUCAUCAACAACCCCAUCACCGAGCACCUGCCCCCCAAGUGCCGCAAGGUCACCCUCAGUUUCGAUGCCCCCGUCACACAUGUCAGGAGCUACAUCGACGGGCUCGACUCGGACGAGAGCAUCUGCGUCUUUGUCGGCGCCAUGGCCAAGGGCCCUGACAACUUCGCCGACGCAUACGUCGACGAGAAGAUCUCCAUCAGCAACUUCAGCCUGUCCGCCAGCGUGGCCUGCAGCAAGUUUUGUCAUGCCGCCGAGGACGCCUGGGACGUACUCUGAACACCACUCCUGCGCCUGAGUCCCGCGGCUGUGGGUCGGGCCCGGGAGUGGGGAGGUUCUGAGGGGAGAGGAGGGCCUGGGAGGCAGGGAAAGGGCUGCCCCUCCGCGCUAGCUAUCACAACAUGGCGAUGACGGCGGGGCACGCGCCUCGUAACUUGGGUCGUCUGUGUUUUACACUGUCGCUGUUUUUACAACCAAAACAAGUGCGUUCAACACCGGAUCCAGGAGCAUUCUCCAAUGCUUGUCUAGACCACUUCAACUUGGUCAGGCGGUUUCCCCCUGUUUUCUAUUGUGGUAUUCCCCUGCUGGGCUGGCCCUUGGUCACAAAAGGUACAGUACUGCCUGAAAAGGCCCUGAGCAGGUCUCCCGGUCAAGUGCCUGGCGACGACGUGGCUCACAAUGACAUCCCACCGAGGGGUUUGCAAGCUAGCGGGCUCUGGGUUGGACAAAGGCUGGGCUGGGCCGCCUGGUGAAUGCACGCCGCAGCAGGCCGAGCCGGACAGGGAAGCAGCCCCAACGCCGGCCGCGCGGCUGAUGGAUGGCAGCUCGAGGUGAUGUUGACGUACAGGGGAGGGUUGGGGUGGGUGUGGCCAGACAAGAUCAAGACAAGCAAGAAUACCAUAAGCCGGCGAUGAGCCAGGCAUUGUGACAGAGUUUGGGCGCCUUGUAGUUCCGGCUCGCGAGCGGUGACCAGCAAGACGGCGUGACACGAGAGACACGAGGUACG